CCUUUCUCUCUUCCUUGGCUUCCUCUUGUCUUUUACUCUUCUGGGUCUCCAAGGGAAGAUCCGGGGUGUAAAAAGAUGCUGGAAAAUCUUCAAUCGUGUUGCCAGUUUUACCAGUCAAGUAUUUUAAUUUUUGUGUUUUUAAAAUUUUGGAGUUAAAGUGAAACUUUACUCUUCUUCGAAAGACAAAAAAUAACGUGUGGAGAGGGUUAGAUCUGACUGAGUUGUUGUUUCCUCUGUUUUUAUCGGUGGGAGUUAUUUUUACUCCUCUUUUUAUUUUAUUUUAUAUCUCUGUUUAAUUUCUAUGGGGAGGAAACUAAUGGGGUUUGUUGUUUGUGAACGAAGGACUUUUGGUUCCAAGUAUAGUUCACUGUUUUGUACCGCUGCGCGUUUUUACAAUUUUUUCAUGUGAUCCUUGUACUUGGGGGAAAUUCCAAGGUUUGCAGUUGUGUUUCCGUGAUCCUUGGUGCUUAUGUUGUAAGUCAUUGACGACAGUUUCGGAGAUUGCUCGGGUUACUUUAUUUGAGCGUUCUUUUUGGUAUAUUUUAUCUACAAGUUUGGUUGGUGCGUGGAUUCAGCAAGCUGGGGCGUGUUCUUUCCAUCAUCGCUAAUAUUCUAAGCAUGUGUUUCCCUUUCUUCAAUCCACAAAUAUUAUCUCUUUUUUUUUUUGGGUCAGUUAUCACAUUUCCCAUGCAUAAUGUCUCCUUUUGCACAAAAUAUAGUUAGUGUUCUGGCUGCCUGGUUUUACACAUGAAUGAAGAGCAAGCAGUUUUUUAUGAGGACCGAAUAAAAGAUUCAAAUUUCUAUGACGUCUAUCAAAUCAUUGAGAUGGCUGAUGAGAAAAAAGAGUGGAUUGUCUGAUGGGGGUAAAUCAAGUUUCAAGAUGAAACAUCUGCCUUUUCUGGCAGUUUUGUGCACGAUAAUGUUAUUCAUUGUGUAUAGAACCACAAAGUAUCAGUAUCACCAAGAAGAGAUUGACAAAAAAUGGAGUUUCUGGGGACAACCAAAGGUGUAUCCUUCAACUUAUGGGAAGUUGAAAGGCUUGCCACGAGGUAUAAUACAUGAUAAUUCAGAUUUGGAGUUAAGACCAUUAUGGUCAAGAAGUAGUUCAAGAUCAAAGGCUGUUUACUCUAACUCUAACUUACUGGCAGUUCCAGUUGGUAUUAAACAAAAGCAGAAUGUUGAUGCUAUGGUGCAAAAGUUUCUUCAAGAAAACUUCACAAUUAUUUUAUUCCAUUAUGAUGGCAAUGUGGAUGGAUGGUGGAAUCUUGACUGGAGUAGCAAGGCCAUACACAUUAUUGCUCGGAAUCAAACAAAGUGGUGGUUUGCAAAAAGGUUUCUACAUCCAGAUAUAGUGUCUAUUUAUGAUUAUAUCUUUCUCUGGGAUGAGGAUCUAGGUGUGGAGCAUUUUUCACCUUCAAGAUAUGUUGAAAUUAUAAAGAGAGAAGGUUUGGAGAUAUCUCAACCAGCUCUUGACCCAAAUUCAACAGAGAUACACCAUAGAAUUACAAUUAGAGCUAGAACCAAGAAAUUUCAUAGAAGAGUCUAUGAACGCAGAGGCAGUACAAGGUGUUCAGAUUUAAGUGAGGGACCGCCGUGCACUGGGUUUGUGGAAGGUAUGGCUCCUGUUUUCUCUCAAUCUGCCUGGUACUGCACUUGGCAUCUUAUACAGAAUGACCUUGUCCAUGGAUGGGGAGUUGAUAUGAAGCUAGGAUAUUGUGCACAGGGAGAUCGAACUAAAAAGGUGGGAGUUGUUGACAGCGAAUAUGUUUUUCACAAGGGAAUACAAACUCUGGGGGGGAGUGGUCACAGAAUGACAAAGGUUUCGAAACUACAAAGGACAACUAUGCAGAAACAAGGUGGAGUAGGAAUUGAUGUGCGAACUGAGAUAAGAAGGCAAUCGACAUGGGAAUUUGAAAUCUUCAAAGAGCGUUGGAAUAAAGCCAUUGGUGCAGACAAAAACUGGGUUGAUCCAUUUAAGAGUGACCAAAGACGCAUAAGAAAAUGGCGUGACACGCAACGCCUUGCUAAGAACAAUAUUUAACUCUGUUGCAUAUCUCACAGUUUCAUUCACAGGGCAUUACCUUUUAUUUAUAGGCAUAAUUUAGUUUGUGUAGAUGAGUAAAAAUUCAUUCAAUUUUGAAAAGGAAAAAAAUAGAGAGUUUUUCUUCUUUAUAUUAUCUUGUUAUGGUUCGGACUUUCUUAGUA